AUGUCCCGCCCAGGAGCCCUGUCCGACAAUGAAAUCCAAGGCGAGAUGAACAAGAUGGUGGCGUUCAUCUCGCAGGAGGCUAGGGAGAAGUCUCGCGAGAUUCAGGUGAAGGCCGACGAGGAAUUCGCCAUUGAGAAGGCGAAGAUUGUCCGUCAGGAGUCCCUCGCGAUAGAUCAACAGUUCGAGAAGAAGCGCAAGCAAGCCGAGACUGGAUGGAAGAUUUCGCAGUCGACCGCACUCAACAGCUCUCGGUUAAAGGUCCUCCAGGCGAGGAACGACCACUUGGAGCAGCUCUUCGAGGAUGCUGGAAAGGACGUCAAGGAGCUGGCGUCGGGAGACAAGUACGCCAAGGCACUCGAGGCGUUCAUUCUCGAGGUCCUCCUCAUCCUCCUAUCGCCCACCGUAACCCUCGCGCACCGCCCAAAAGACACGGACCUCAUCAAGAAGGCCACCGAAUCCGCCAACAGCUCAUACAAGGAGAUGUCGGGCCGGGAGUGCAAGAUUGAGUUUGACGCGAGUCUGCCGGAUGACUCGGCGGGCGGAGUGGUGGGUAGUACAUUGGGCGGGAAGAUCAAGGUGGACAACACGCUCGAGGAGAGGCUCAAGAUUCUGCGGGAAAAGAUGUUGCCCGAGUUGAGGUCCGCGCUGUUCGGAAAGGACAAGGCGAAUGUGACAUCACCCAGUCGAUCCUACCUUACUCCUGAGAAUUAA